AUGGAGCGUGACGUAGCCUUGGCUCAGAAGGAGCUGUCGAGUGUGCUCGCCCAGGAGGAUCCAGUCGAAGCGGUGCAGAGCACGGCAGAGCAGCCUGGGUCUGCCCCGGCUGAGCCUGUCGAAUCAGUGACGCCAUCGAUGGCACCAGUGAGCUCGCUUAUGCGGACGCCACCGAACAGGCUGCAGUUGAUUGACGAGACACAGCAGUUCCACGAGGAUGCUUUUCGUGAGCAUCUAGAAUCGUGGGGUCUCGCUGAUGCCGGCUUUGGAUACGAUAUCUGUGCCGUGCUGGGAUCGCAGUCGACGGGGAAGUCAACGCUGUUGAACCGCCUCUUUGGGACCAACUUUGAUGUGAUGGACGAGCGCGUGCGAAAGCAGACGACCAAGGGUAUCUGGCUGUGCCGCGGCUUGGAGCGCAAUGUACUCGUGAUGGACGUGGAAGGCACCGACGGCCGCGAGCGCGGCGAGGACCAGGACUUUGAGCGCAAGUCAGCACUGUUUGCGCUGACGACGGCCGAAUGCCUGAUCGUGAACAUGUGGGAGAACCAGGUUGGACUGUACCAGGGCGCGAACAUGGGCCUGCUCAAGACUGUGCUGGAUGUGAACCUGUCCCUGUUCCAAGCUGGCCGCGCACGCGCAGGCGGCGCGAAGGAUAAAACACUGCUGCUGUUUGUGAUUCGUGACUUUCUUGGCACCACGCCGCUUGCGAACCUGGAGGCUACGGUGCGCGCUGACUUGCAGCGCAUCUGGGCGAGCUUGACCAAGCCCGAGGCGCUCGCGGAUGCCGCGCUGGGCGACUUUUUCGAUGUCACGUUUGCGACGCUACCCCACAAGGUGCUGCAGGCGAAGGAGUUCGAUGCGGGCGUCGCGGAGCUGCAGCGGCGCUUUCUCGACCGCAGCGACGAGAACCAUGUGUUCCAGACCCAGUACCACAAGCGCAUUCCGAUCGAUGGUUUACCCCACUAUCUGAAAAAUGUGUGGGCGCAGGUCGUGGAGAACAAGGACCUGGACCUCCCGACGCAGCAGGAGCUGCUUGCGCAGUUCCGGUGCGAUGAAAUUGCCAGUGCGGCGUCCCAGGUGUUCUCGGGUGCGAUUGCAGCGCUGCGCACGGCACUCGAGACGGGACAGGUGCUUCCGGCGCUUGGUACCGACAUGCUGGCGCGACGUACCGAGGCUCUUUCGGUGUUUGACCGCGAUGCGAGCCGCUACCACCAGGGUGUCUAUGCGCGCAAACGCGCGGAUCUGAUGCUUGGGUUGAAUGCGAAACUGCUGCCCUUCUUCCUUGCGCAGUUGAAAAACCUGCUGGUGCAGCUGACCGCACAGUUCCAGCAGACGGUACGCGACGGCAUGUCGCGCCCCUCGUACGACUUUGGCGCACUGGUACAGGACGCACAUGCGGCGGCUCUGCGCCAGUUUGACGCCGAGACACAGACGCUUGUUUUGCCUGAGACGGACUGGAAGGUCGACGACGAGCGUGCGCAGCUGUCGGAAGAGCUGAACGGGAUGGCACGUACGAUGCGUGUCGAAGAGUGCCGCAAGCUCGCCACGUCGCUGGAAAAAGAGAUGCGCCGGCAGCUCGCGGAACCGGUGGAGCUGGCACUGGCGCACCCUGCGCCCACGAUGUGGGACGCGGUGAUGCAGACGCUGCAGCGCGUGAAUGACGAGGCAACGGCGACGUUCCGCGCGCGUGCCGUGCGUUUGCAGGGCACGCCGGAGGAGGAAGAAUCGGCCGUCCAGGCACUGCAAAGUGCGUCGUGGCGCCUGCUCCAAGACAAGGUGCACGAGCAGACGUCUGACCCCGUGCUGUCGAUGCGCCUGCGAUGCUUCUUUGAGGACCGCUUCCGCUACGGCGCAGGUGGUGUGCCGCGUGUGUGGAAGCCGAGCGACGACAUGGAAGGCAUGUUUGUCCAGGCGCGUGAUGCGACGCUUGAGCUGAUUGCAUUGUAUGCGACGAUCGCGCCGAGCGAGCCCAGUCUGCUGGCGCCCGCUGCGCACGCAGCCGCCGCGGCCAACGAGUCGGAUGCGUCGUCGUUCGAGGAGAGUCUGCACGUGCUCUCGGAGCUGAAAUGCACGGAGAUCGGCCAGCGGUUCCGCCGCGAUGCAGACGCAUACUAUCUCGAGGCGAAGCGCAGCAUGGUAUCGAGUAUGUCGCAGGUCCCGAUGUGGGUGUACGUGGUCAUGGUCUUGCUCGGCUGGAACGAGGCGAUGGCGAUCAUCCGCAACCCGCUCUACUGCACGCUCCUGUGCCUCGUGGCGGCGGCGGCGUACGUCACGUGGCGUCUUCACCUCGCGGCGCCGCUGUGGACCGUGGCGACGGGCGUGGCGCGCGAGGUGCAGCAAGUGGCACAGGACCAGCUGCGUGCGUACCUGGCCAUGCCGCAGACGACGGCGCCGAUGAAUGAGCCGUUUGAGCUGCGUGAGCGCGUGGUGAGUCACUCGGCCGCGGGCGCCGGCGCCGGCGACGAGUCGGGUCCCCGUCUUCCCGCUUCGUUCUAG